GAAUCUUCGCGGGUCUCACAUGGCGUUAACGAUCGUUGACGUACUUCCUGUUUGGAAUCGGCUGCUGGAACUGCAGUCAGAAUGGGGAAUACAGACACAAAACUAAAUUUCAGGAAAGCUGUCAUUCAGCUGACCACAAAGACACAGCCAAUAGAAGCCAAUGAUGAGGCCUUCUGGGAGCAGUUCUGGUCGGACAGCGUGACAUGUGUCCAGGAUGUGUUCACACUGAUACCAGCUGCUGAGAUACGAGCGCUGAGGGAGGAGUCACCGUCAAAUCUAGCCACAUUAUGCUACAAGGCUGUGGAGAAGCUGGUGGCUGCUGCAGAGAGUGGUUGCCCCUCCCAAAGAGAACAACAGACAGUGUUGAACUGUGUGCGCCUGCUGACAAGGAUCCUGCCGUAUAUAUUUGAGGACCCUGACUGGAGGGGCUUCUUCUGGUCCACGCUGCCCGGACACAGCGAGGAGGGCGAGAAUGAGAGUCCACCGCUUGCUCAGUCCCUGUUGAAUGCACUCUCGGAUCUGCUGUUCUGUCCAGACUUCUCCGUGUCAACAAACAGAAAGUCAGGCCCAGACAAUCCUGAAGACAUGGCGUCUAUCGACAGCUGCGAGUACAUCUGGGAAGCUGGAGUGGGAUACGCCCACUCACCUGCACACAACAACAACCAUGACAUCAACCGCACAGAGAUACUCAAGCUUAUGCUGACAUGCUUCUCUGAGACCAUGUACCUGCCCCCCAUAGCUGAUGCGCACAGUCAACCAAAUCAGUGGAUUCAUUUUUUCACCUCCACAGAAAACAGACAUGCCCUGCCUCUGUUUACGUCCCUGCUCAACAUGGUGGCAGCCUAUGACCCAGUGGGUUAUGGGGUGCCCUACAACCACCUGAUGUUCGCUGACCACCGCGAGGGACUGGUGGAGAUAGCCCUGCAGGUCCUCUGUGUUACCUUGGAAAACGAGGCUGGCAGCAACCAGAACGUCUCUGUCGAUGGAACGAGUGGUGGAACAGCCAUGGAGCAGUCCAGUGAUGCUGGAGGCCCUGACAACUUGUUUGUUAACUACCUAUCCAGAAUACACAGAGAAGAGGACUUCUCCUUCAUUCUGCGCGGCAUCACCCGUCUGUUGAACAACCCACUGCAGCAGACGUACCUCCCUGGAUCCUCCAAGAAGAUACAGUUCCACCAGGAGCUGCUGGUGUUGUUCUGGAAGAUGUGUGACAUCAACAAGAAGUUCAUGUUCUAUGUGUUGAAGAGCAGUGAUGUGUUGGACAUCCUUGUACCUAUCCUCUACUUCCUCAAUGAUGCCAGGGCAGAUCAAUCUCGUGUUGGCCUGAUGCACAUCGGCGUGUUCAUCCUGCUGUUGUUGAGUGGAGAGAGGAACUUCGGUGUGCGUCUCAAUAAGCCCUACACUGUGAGAGUGCCCAUGGAUAUUCCAGUCUUCACCGGCACUCAUGCUGACUUCCUCGUCAUUGUUUUCCACAAGAUCAUCACUACAGGGCAUCAGAGACUGCAGCCCCUGUUUGACUGUCUCCUCACUAUCAUUGUCAAUGUGUCUCCCUACCUGAAGACUCUGUCUAUGGUUGCUAGUACCAAGAUGCUGCAUUUACUAGAGGCUUUCAGUACUCCAUGGUUUUUGUACGCCAGUCCCACCAACCACCAUCUUGUGUUCUUCCUCCUCGAGGUCUUCAACAACAUCAUACAGUAUCAGUUUGAUGGCAACUCCAACUUGGUGUACACAAUUAUCCGCAAAAGAAAUGUGUUCCAUCAAAUGGCAAACCUGCCAACAGACCAUUCAGCUAUUGCCAAAGCUCUUACCAAGCGAGGGAAGAAGUUCUCCGCUCCGCCUCAAGACACGAGAGACCCACAGACGAUGGAGGGAGCCAUCCCUGCAUCCGAAGCAGAACCUGGUACACUCAAGGCCAGCCUCGCUGCUUUACCUCGUCUUGACAAGAUGACUGAGAGGGCUGCUCCAGACGAGGGACACAAGGCUCCAACACUGAAGGAGCUGGCCGAGUCCAGUGGGACUCACAACGUGCAGCCUCCCAGCGAGAUCGGGGACCCCACCUCAGCACCAGGCGAGGAGGCUUCUGCCACAGAAGAUGCAGAGAGUGACAAGCCCAAACUGCAGAAGGCCAAGAGUCUGCCCACUCCACCAGCCAGCCCUUCCAACAUGACGCCUCCCAUGACUGCCGAGAUUCCCACACGGGCUCCCAUGAUGAGAGCAGGGUCCACGGCCGGGCCGGGAGCAUGGGUUGCCACACCAGACUGGGUCCAGUCCUGGAAACAGAAGCUGCCACUGCAGACCAUCAUGAGGAUGUUGCAGGUGCUUGUACCACAGGUGGAGAAGAUCUGUAUAGACAAGGGUCUGACCGACGAGAGUGAAAUCCUCAAGUUCCUGCAACAUGGCACACUAGUGGGUCUCCUCCCAGUGCCCCACCCCAUCCUCAUCCGCAAGUACCAGGCCAACAGUGGCACCACCAUGUGGUUCCGGACAUACCUCUGGGGAGUCAUCUAUCUCAGAAAUGUUGACCCCCCAGUAUGGUACGACACGAAUGUCAAGCUGUUCGAGAUCCAGCGCGUGUGAGGGGAUGACAAGACGAGGAAGUGUGUGUCUUGUGUGAGGGCAUGACAAGAUGAGGAAGUGUGUGUCUUGUGUGAGGGCAUGACAAGACGAGGAAGUGUGUGUCUUGUGUGAGGGGAUGACAAGACGAGGAAGUGUGUGUCUUGUGUGAGGGGGAUCAGGAGGGCAGGAAGUAUGAGCACAUGAAAAUGUGGAUCUUUUCAAUGGGGUACAAUACGUAUAUGUGUGGUACACAGAUCUGAACAAAUAUAUCUCGACACCCUUCUUCCACGAGUGAUGGUGACUGUCAAGUUACAUAUAAAUCUGAGUAUGGGAGUAUCAGAUACAUGGAACACAACUCUCUGUCUCUGUGAUGAAUAAUAAUCAGUGAAACCUCUCAAACUUAAAACUCACUUAACUUGAUUAAAAUACUCCCAGUGGAAUCUUUAUGGCACUAUGGCCUAACAGACUAGAAUGAAAUACAGAUAUAUUUUCAAUGGUCAUGAGGACUUGGAGUGAAUGAGGUUUCACUGCAUCAGACAACUGACAUACUGGACAUUAUCAUCAGCUGAGUAUAUUGUGUCAUUGUAAGCUACAUCUUCAUAGGCAUUCCGCUUCAUCAAAGUACAUCCAUGACUGUCACUAAUAUGUUACAACAUCACUCUAUCGACCUUAGUAUCCAGGGUGAGGAAAGCUCUGACUUGUCCCAAACAAUGCUUUAGACUGAUGGACAAGCACAAUUUGACAUUUUGGUUGUGUUUUGACCUGAAAUCCACUAUAAUUGCAUGUAUCUCAAGUUGGACUGGAGGCCUAGAUCUGGACAAAUAUAUAUGAUGACUGUGUUUAUUGUAAAUUAGAUAAUGGAAGUUUCCACAUCCCUGAUGACUUAACUACUACACUGAUAAGUAGGGUAGCCUAGAGGUUACAGCGUUGACUCAUCAUGCCAAAGCCCUGGUUUGAUUCCACACAAUGUACAAUGUGUGAACCUUUUUUUCGUAUAUUGCUAAAAGCGGCGUAAAAGCCAGCUUGCUGAAUGAUGAAUCUACUACUAAGGAACAGUAUUUAAGCUCAUGUGUCCGACGGAGGGCAGUGUCAGGUGGGUGCACAGGACAGUCUGUUAUAAUAUCAAACUGUGUAUAUGUUUAAUAUAUGAAUGUUGUUAUUGGGUAUAUGUAUCUACUAUCCUGGCUAAUGAAGUUUGACAGGUUCUUUCUAACAGCAAGCUCUUUAACAUCUGAUCUCUACAGUUUGUUUGUCAUGUUGUUGAUUCUAAAUUACCAUUCCAUUUUAUUGAUUCUUUGACAUAUAUUCUGUAUAUAAAGAUUGCGCUGUAUAUUUCCUCAGACCUCUUCAUCACAGACACUUCAGAAUGGGAUGCACAUGUCAUGAUAUGAGAAUAAUAUAUGAUUUAAUAUAAUAGAAACUAUCAUUUGAAAACCAGUAAACUAUAUUCUUGCAGUAAGUGAAUCAUUUGACCAUAGAGAGAAGGUUCUUGCGGUAUGAUACAUCAUUCCUCAAGCUAGUAGAAAUAGCCUUUGGGACCUGUAUGCUCGUAUGGACAUAAGUAAUGUGUCAUGAACACACCUAUUUCUCCAUAGACUACGGAGUAGUUAUAGUGACAUGACUCAGUUUGUUAAUACACACAUUUCACUGGGAACAGUUCUGUCUGGGUUUAACUGGAUUUAAUAGGUUUUAACAGGAUUUAGACAGGUUUCACUGUUUUCCCAUGAUGCUUCAUCUAACGGAGUCUCAAACGCGUUCAUUGUAAGCAUCCAUUUCAAAUAAAUGUUGCAUCCCAUCAUGAAUUCAUUGUCACAUAAAUCUAUAUAUACAUGUAAAAGUAUGUUGUAUAUAUUCCUUGUUGUGAGUGAGAUGCGGAAUAUGUGACAAGAAUGGUGGGGUUCUGUGAACUGUGCAGCUAUAAAGUCAGAAAGUACUUAUACGAGGACUGGUCAGAAAAGUUCUAAGCCUGACUAACUUUCAACUAUGAGACAUAGCAAAGUGAACAAGUCAGUGUAGUACAUUGUUUGAGUUGUUCAUUGCAAGUGUAUUUGGUCUGUUGACUGCUGGAGCUCUACUUCAUCAUGACAAUGCCUCCGCUCAUACCUCUUUGACUUGCAAAGGCUGCUGUGCGACAACUCGAAAUUGAAGAGCUUACUCACCCUCCAUACUCGCCAGACCUGGCAGCGAGUGAUUUCCUCGUUACCUAAACUGAAAGAACACCUUCGUGGAAACUGCUAUGCUGACAACGAUGACUUCACAGCUGCCAUGAAUGGGUUUUGCAGGGUGUCUUCAGAAAACUUUUAUUUGACUGGAAUUGAAAAGCAGAGAAGUGUAUUGAAAAGCAGGGAGAUUAUGUUGAAAUAUAAAAUUAAAAGCACUUUUACAAAUGUUGAUUUUGUUUGUUAGGCUUAAAACUUUUUGACCAGCCCUCGUAGUCAACCAGUACAGAGGUAGUUGGCUGAAGUUAUUAAUCAACCGAUACACUAAGAAGUUGAUGGUUGAAGAUUGAAAGCAACCAAUGCCAAAGUUAAAUGCCAACAGGUUAAAAGUUCAUAGUUGAAGGUUGACAGACAUAGCGAGAAAUGCUUAUGAUCAGGUUUAUGAGUUUUGUUUUGCAAUAAAGUUUCUUUAACCCAUAAAUUUUGUAAAGAUGAUGCAGUUAUUUUCUCCAAUAUUGAAUUGAAAUAUGUGUUCAGAUCAAGAGAAAAAUCCUUUUAACUUGCAAUAAUUGUACACAUCCUGUCAGCAUGGUUUCAAAAAUGGCUUUUCUUCUACUUUUGUAGCAUUUGAAACGGGUAUAAAUUACGUCAAAGGACACGUCUCCAUGAAUUUUGUUAUUAGAUUGGGUAGGUAAGACAUAUGAUCUUCACCUCAGAAUAAGUGGAUUUAGUGGGAUAUCGACAGACACAUCAACGUCAGUUGACCUAAACGUUUGGAGUUUGAGUGGAAAAGGUCACAAGCUUACUAAUGCCCACUGACCUCAAAGCAACUGUUAGUGGUUUAUUGGGAUAAGUAACAGGUAUGUCGAUUAGAAUACAGUUUGUGUAGUUUGCUGGGAAAGUCAACAGGCAUGUUCUUGCCACUAUGAGGGAAUACUUGGUCCAUCAGAUGACUGGGAUAGGGUGUCAUUUCAUGUAUCUUUACAUUAUUGGAGGUUUUUGUUGUGAUAGCGGGGUAUGUGCAAACAAUGUUGAGUACUGUUGUCGAGGUGUGCUGUGUUGUGUUUUGUUGAUCAUGAAUAGUGUUAUUUUGCUGAUCAUCUGUGUGGCACCACUUAGUAUUCACUAUCAAUAUCAAAUACAUAUAAUGGAUGCUAGCAGUUGUCAUUCAUUUGAAACGUGUUUUUAGGCAGCUUGGCUUGAAGCAUGGAAAUCAUUGUUACUGAAUAAGUAUCGAUUGCAUUUAACAUUGCUUACGUCAACAGUGCUUUCAAAUGGUUUCAGGCACGUAGACGUUGGUUCUGUUGUUAUUGCUGCACUGUGGUAUUGGUCUUUUUGAAGUUUAUUCAAUGCUAAAAUAACUUUAAAAACUUCUAUAAUUUUAGUAAGUUUUUUUUUACAUUUGUGAAAUUGUGGGUCAGGGGAAACUAUAAACCGAUAUUUAGGAAGAAACGCCUCAGUUGGGCAAGACAUUAGCUCAUCCAGGCAAUGGUGAGAGUGGCCACCUAUCCAUACACUCGUUGCCAGCUCCAGCCACUGGUGAUGAUGGCAUAGUCUCCCAGCUGCCUUAAAGGUGCACAGUGCACAGCAGAUUAAAUUAAUAUACAGGUACCUAAUAUUGAUGAGCAUGUUCACUGUUAAACAAUGCAAUGUAAGAGAGUUUGUUAAAGUUUUUCCAUCAAACAGUUUUGUUCAAGGUAAUGGUAUCAAAAUCAUGCAGCUAUACUUGUUAAAAAUAUUCAUCACGUCACAAUGUAUUGUAUGAAUGGUUGACCAAGGUCGGCUGAAGUCAUGCUUUAUUUGUCAUUUCCUCACUUUCAGUAGCUCCAUGUUCUCUGUAGUGCUUGUCUUGUUAUGUAUCUCCGUGUACCAGAAAUCCUGUGAAGCAUUUGUAAAUAAAGUCAAGUGUACAAACUGUU